UCUUAUUUAUAGGGCUCAGAGCUUGCUGAUUCUGAUGUGGCUUUAAAGUCUCCUAUGGUUGAACAAAGGGAUCUUCAGAAGAACCCCAGUACAUUCCCCAGUAGAAGCCCUACAGCAUCAGGCAUGGCUUCCAAAAGACCAAAGGAGGAUGGAGAACAGGAGGGGAUUCUCACUUCCAGAGAAGAGCCCCCAAGCACCACUUACAAGAAAAUGACCAGAUCUAGAAUGCUUGGCUCAGAGAAGAAAGGAAAUACUGAUGGCUCCAUUGCCAACAGUAACUCAUGGCCCUCUUUUAAGCUCCAGGAUCUUCAUGUGAUUAGUGACAAUGGUAUCCCUUUUCAAAGCCCUUCCAAAGAAAGUCAACUGGGUAUCAAGAAAGUGGAUAUCACAAGAGCACUGGAUAAGAACACUAAAGGAAAGCCGAAGGGGGAUAUUGGGUCUUGGGAGCAGAUCCCAACCACCACCAUAGACCUUGACAGCCCUCUCACCCUCUUGAAAAUCCCUGAGGAUGGGAAUGAAUUGCCUGAAAACAAACCUAGAGUCUUCCUUCCUAGCUCCAGUGUGAAGGGUGCAAUCUUUGUGGAUAGGGGAGUUGUACUUCACCCUUCCAGAGUUUCUGCAGCACCUGGUGGUGUCACAAAAUCACUGAAGACUCCCUCUGGCAUUGUCAAGGGACAUGUCCAUAGACAAAGGACUUUGACUCUGUUGAAAGGGGUUUCCACUCAGAACUUUGGUCCCACCCACUCUUUGCAGUUGAUAGAGCAGCAAAAAAUCCUCCUUAGACCAGGACCCCGUGGGCUGCCUGGGCCGCCAGGUUUGCCGGGCUGUCCAGGGAGACGCGGAGCAAUGGGACCAAAGGGAGAGAAGUGCCCUCAAGGCUCUGUGCCCAGUGUGCCCAAACUGGUCGUGCUUCCAUAA